UAGCUCCUUCAACAUGAGCCACAACCUCUACCUGGCCUUUGUGUGUCUGAGUCUCCUCUCUCAAAGGACGUGCAUCCAGGGGAACCAGUUCAAUGUGGAGGUCAGCAGAAGUGACAAGCUUUCCUUGCCUGGCUUUGAGAACCUCACCGCGGGAUAUAACAAAUUCCUCAGGCCCAAUUUUGGUGGUAACCCAGUUCGGAUAGCACUAACUCUGGACAUCGCAAGCAUCUCUAGCAUUUCAGAGAGUAACAUGGACUACACAGCCACCAUAUACCUCCGGCAGCGCUGGACAGACCCACGGCUGGUGUUCGAAGGCAACAAGAGCUUCACUCUAGAUGCCCGUCUUGUGGAGUUCCUCUGGGUACCGGACACUUAUAUUGUGGAGUCCAAGAAGUCCUUCCUCCAUGAAGUCACGGUGGGAAACAGGCUCAUCCGCCUCUUCUCCAAUGGCACUGUCCUGUAUGCACUCAGGAUCACAACAACCGUGACAUGCAACAUGGACCUGUCUAAAUACCCCAUGGACACACAGACCUGCAAGCUGCAACUAGAGAGCUGGGGAUACGACGGCAAUGAUGUGGAGUUCACCUGGCUGAGAGGAAACGAUUCUGUGCGUGGGCUUGAAAGCCUGCGCCUUGCUCAGUACACCAUCCAGCAGUAUUUCACCUUGGUAACCGUAUCCCAGCAGGAGACAGGAAACUAUACUCGAUUGGUUUUGCAAUUUGAGCUUCGGAGGAACGUCCUGUAUUUCAUUCUGGAAACCUACGUUCCUUCCACCUUCCUGGUGGUGCUAUCCUGGGUUUCGUUUUGGAUCUCUCUCGAUUCGGUUCCUGCGAGAACCUGCAUUGGAGUGACAACUGUGUUGUCCAUGACCACACUGAUGAUCGGUUCCCGCACAUCCCUACCCAACACCAACUGCUUCAUCAAGGCCAUCGAUGUGUACCUGGGGAUCUGCUUCAGCUUCGUGUUUGGGGCCUUGCUGGAGUACGCAGUUGCUCACUACAGCUCCUUACAGCAGAUGGCAGUCAAAGAUAGGGGGACAGCAAAGGAACCAGAAGAUGUCAAUAUCACCAACAUCAUCAACAGCUCCAUCUCCAGCUUUAGACGGAAGAUCAGCUUUGCCAGCAUUGAAAUUUCUGGUGACAACGUCAACUAUAGCGACUUGACAAUGAAAGCCAGUGACAAGUUCAAGUUUGUCUUCCGAGAAAAGAUUGGCAGAAUUAUUGAUUAUUUCACAAUUCAAAAUCCCAGCAACGUGGACCGAUAUUCCAAACUACUAUUUCCUUUGAUUUUUAUGCUAGCCAAUGUAUUUUACUGGGCAUACUACAUGUAUUUUUGA